GAGAGGCUGGCAUCGGGAUGGAGCAAGGCAGCUAAGUGGGCAGCCGGGGAAGCGGGGGCACCGAAGGCGAGGGCGGCCCUAGAGAGUGACCUGCGAAGCAGAGGUGCCCAGCAGCCAGGCUGCCCUUGCUUACUUCUUGGUAGGGUACCCCCUGGGCCAGCCUAUAGGCUGCCAGGCUCCUGCCCAGCGAUGCCAGAAAGAGCCCCUCUCGGUCUCCCCGGAGCAGCAGCAAUAGCAGCUGCCACCACCCCACCUGGCACUGCCAGCCACGCAGCGCCGAGCUGAGCCCCUUGGCAGUUCCCCCCAACACGGUUGCCAGGACAGACGGGGCCUGAGGGCACGAGCCAGCCUUAAGAAGGGCGCCUGCCGCAAGAGAUGUCUGGGGACAGUGAGGAGAUCACCCGCCUUCGCAAGCCUCGUUUCUCCUAUGAGGAGAACCAGAUCCUGAUCCAGGAAGUGCGUGCCAACUAUGGCAAACUCUACGGCACCCAGAGCCGGCGGGUGACGGUGACUGAACGCCGGCGGGUCUGGGAGGGCAUCGCCACCAAGAUUAACAGCAUCACUAGCUGGAAACGCACUGGCCAGGAGGUGCAGAAGCGCUGGAAUGACUUCAAGAGGCGCACCAAGGAGAAACUGGCCCGGGUGCCUCAUUCCACCCAGGGGGCUGGCAACGCUUGUGACGAGACCUUCUCUGCUGAAGAGGAGACUCUCUUUGCCAUCCUGGGGCCCGGCGUGAUGACAGGCACAGGAGGGGCAGAGCCUGCGGCCUCGCAAGGCACAUCUGGCUUUGUCCCCCCCGGUUACCAACUGGCUGCUGAGCAUGGCACGGAUAUGCCUGCCAGGGUCAACGUCUCCAGCAGCCCAGAGACCUCUGCCCGUCCUUCGUGCUACAGUCUGGAUAGGGGCUUGCGGAAGCCCAAGGAACGCGACUCACCAGCGCCCCCUCCAGCCCAGCCCUCAUCGCUGCAGAUUGUCCAGCUGGCUCCAUCUCCCUCCUGCUUAGGCUGCCGGCCACAUCCUGAACACUCCCCUGGAGAGCUGUUGGGCAGCACCCCAUGCCCUUCGACUUCGCCCCCGCUGCGGCGCCGACGCACCCGCCUGGACCUGCCUGUCGAGCCCCCUCUGGAUUUCCUGCAGGCCCAGAGGGAAACGGCCGAAGCCAUCCGGGAGCUGACCUACACCCUGCGGCAAGGCCUGGAACGGCUCACGGAUGUGGUGGCAGCGCUGCUGCCCCUCCUUCCGGCCCUGCCGAAUGGUCUGCUGCCCCCGCAGGGGGAAUUCGCUCUUCCAACAGCAGCCCCUUCCACAGAGACUCCACCUGCCCAGGAGGGCUUCCCUACCAAGGUGGAGCUGUCCCCGGUGCAGGAAGAGAACGGGGUUCAUCUUCUGCAAGCAGAACGGGACCUUGGGGCUGAAAGGGAGCAGUCUCCAAACCGGGCUCCUCCGGCAUCGAAGCGGAGGAAAGGGAUCCCAACUCGGAAACGCAGGGGACGUUGGAAGAACUUGUGAGGGCCAGGACGGAUGUGUUCCCCCCCAUCCCAAGAAGGCAAGGUGGAGUGGGGGCUGCUCUUCUUGGAUGGGCAAGGCCUUAGUGAGUUGUUGCAACUUCGCUCCUGUCUUCCCACAGGGAGGGCAAGAUGGAACCUUUUGCACUCCCCCCACUUCCUCGUCUCUUGGUGGCAGCACCAGGAGCCAUGCUCCAUGCCAGUCCCUGCCAUUACAU